AUGUCUGAUCAGUCUUUUGACGUGGUGGUUGACCGAGCCAGACAGAUAGAGAUCAGUUACGCUGCGGAUGACAGCGGAAGAGCAAAGAAGAACAAAGCAGAAGGUUCCUCAGGUGUCCCUCCCAUGGGUACUCAGGACAGUGGUGGCCAGAGUAAUUACAGAGGAAAGAGUAGAAAUAAGAAAAGUGGAUUUAGGCAUAAACCUCGAGGAUUCAGACCAGGGUACGGAUCCAGCAGUGGUCAGAGUUCAGGGUACAGUAGUUCUGGGUCUGGAUCAGGAUCCUCUUUGGCACCUUGUGCACAAUGUGGAAGAGGGCAUUCAGGACCUUCUGAGUACCUUACAACUCAACCACAACAACCAGUGGUUGGCUCUACUUUAGCACCAGCUCAGGAUAGGGCUCGAUUCCUUGACUCUACAGAUUUUCUCAAGCUAAGACCAAAGGAGUUCACUGGAGAGGAUGCAUUAGCUGAUCCCUUAGAUUUUCUAGAUGACAUGGAGAGGUGUUAUGACACUAUGGGUUGCAGUAGUGCUAGGAUGGUGAUGUUGGCAGGAAAUCAGCUUAAGGGAGUUGCUCGUGAGUGGUAUAUCUCUAAGAAGAAUGGGAGACCUGAAGGUUCUAUCCUCUGGCCUGAAUUUCACUCUCUCUUCUUGGAGCGAUUUCUCCCUCCUAGUGUUCAAGAGGCUAAGGCCUUGGAGUUUGAAACCUUGAAGCAAGGUAAAAUGACAGUUACAGAGUAUGAGAUGAAGUUUACAAAAUUAUCCCGUUUUGGUAAACACUUGAUUCCAAAUGAGGAGAAGAAGGCUCGUAGGUUUGAAAGGGGCUUACGAGACAGGCUAAUUGAUCGUGUGGCUCCUUUACGACUACCUAAAUAUGAGGAGGUGGUUGAUCGGGCUAGACAGAUGGAGAUGUAUGAUGAUGAACGUUGGGCUCGCGGCAGUAUAAGCGAUUUAAGAAAGAUAGUCAAGGUAAUCAAUUUAACAGAGGACGAGUCAUCGUGGGCACAUCAAUCUGGAGUUGGUCAGGGACGUGAGCAGAGGACACAUGCAGGGAAUGCUCGGUAUAACCAGAUUAGCACUGAGCCUAUUACCACUCUUUGUCAUCAUUGUGGUAAGCCACAUAAGGGCACUUGUCAUUGGGUCACUGGAGCAUGCUUUGGUUGUGGACAGCUGGGACACCGUAGACAGGACUGUCCUACUAGUGAGACAACUCAGGGUGCUGGUCAAGCAACACAUUCUGCUCCCUCUCAGGUUCAACCAGUUUCACAGUAUAGUGGUAGAAAUCAGGGUUUUGGUGGUCGUGGACAUGGUGGUAGAGGUUCUGGUGGUAGAGGAUUUGCUCAAACUCAGGGACAGACAUCUGGUGGUAGAGGUCAAGCUAGAGUUUUUGCUUUGACUCAGCAGGAUGCUCAGGCAUCUAAUGCAGUAGUGACAGGUACACUUCCUAUUUGCUCAUUUGAUGCUAGAGUACUGUUUGAUCCUGGUUCCAGUCAUUCCUUUGUUUCUCCAUACUUUUCCAUGAGAUUUAGUACACCACCUACUUUGUUAGAGUAUCCUUUAUCUGUAUCAACACCUAUGGGGGAUGCAAUAGACACUGAUAUGGUGUAUAGGGGAUGUAUAGUUCACAUUGGAGAUAGGGAAUUAGCUGCAGAUCUUGUUUCUUUGGAUAUGUUUGAGUUUGAUGUGAUUUUAGGCAUGGAUUGGUUAGCCACUUAUCACGUUUCAUUGGAUUGUCAUAAUAAAGUUGUACUCUUUAAAAUUCCUGGGGAGGCAGAAUUUCAAUUUCAGGGAGAUCGCAGUAUGGCCUCUAGUAAUCUUAUCUCUGUAGUGAGUGCUAGACGAUUAUUGCGAAAGAGGUUAAGGCGAACAUCGAGACCAUCUAGGUUACUUCAGCCAUUGCCUAUUCCCGAGUGGAAGUGGGAGCAUAUUGCCAUGGACUUUGUUGUGGGUUUACCUAGUACACGAGGUGGUUACAAUGCAAUCUGGGUGAUAGUGGACAGAUUGACAAAAUCUGCUCAUUUCCUUCCUGUGAAGACUACAUAUGACUUUGCUAAACUUGCACAGUUGUAUAUAAAUAAGAUUGUUAGUCUUCAUGGAGUUCCAGUUUCCAUUGUCUCUGAUCGUGGUACUCAGUUUACUUCUCGAUUUUGGAAGAAAUUCCAAGAAGCUUUAGGAACACGAGUAGACUUUAGUACUGCUUUUCACCCUCAGACGGAUGGACAGUCAGAAAGGACCAUACAGACAUUAGAGGAUAUGCUUCGUGCGUGCGUUAUGGAUUUUGGUGGCUGUUGGGAUCAUCAUUUGCCUUUAGUGGAGUUUGCUUACAAUAACAGUUAUCAGGCAAGUAUAGAGAUGGCUCCAUAUGAGGCAUUAUAUGGUCGAAAGUGUAGGUCACCGGUUUGUUGGGAAGAAGUUGGAGAAAGAAGGCUUACUAGACCAGAGUUGAUACAAUUAACUUCAGAGAAGGUUCGACUAAUUCGUGAUCGACUUUUGACUGCUCAAAGUCGACAGAGAAGUUAUGCUGAUCCUAAGCGUAAAGAUGUAGAAUUUAUGAUUGGUGAUCAUGUAUUUCUGAGAGUUUCCCCUAUGAAAGGAAUCAUGAGGUUUGGGAAGAAAGGGAAGCUUAGCCCUCGUUUUGUUGGUCCAUUUGAAAUUUUGGAGAGAAUUGGAGCAGUUGCUUACCGUUUAGCCCUUCCACCUGGUUUUGCACAUGUACAUCCAGUUUUUCAUAUUUCUAUGCUUAGGAAGUAUGUACCAGAUCCAUCUCAUAUUUUACAACCUCAAACCAUGCAAUUUAGGGAUGAUAUGUCAUAUGAGGAGCAACCAGUAAAGAUUUUAGAUCGACAAAUUAGGAAACUCCGAUCUAAGAAAGUGGCUUUGGUCAAAGUCUUGUGGCAUAAUCACUCAAGUAGUGAGGCCACAUGGGAGGCAGAAUCUGAAAUGCGAGCCAAAUAUCCUCAUUUAUUUGAUUCUUCAGGUUAGAAUUUUUGUCUAUCCAAAUUCGGGGACCGA